AUGAAGAUCACUUUCAAGGACCUCAAGCAGAACAAGUUCGUCAUCGAGGCCGAGCCGUCGGAAACGAUCGGCGAACUGAAGGCCAAGAUCCAGGCGGACAAGGGCUGGGAGGUGCCCCAGCAGAAGCUCAUCUACUCCGGCAAGAUCCUUCAAGAUGCCAACACAGUAGAGUCGUACAGCAUCGAGGAGAAGGGCUUCAUCGUGUGCAUGGUCUCCAAGACCCCAGCUGCUCCCGCCGCACCAGCCCCAUUAUCCGCGGUCUCACAGAAUGCGCCCGCUACGCCCUCGCCCGCGCCGGCUACACAGGCGACUGGACGUAACUUCGAUGACCCCUCCGCCCUGACCAUGGGCAACGAGCGCGAGGCGGCUGUGGCCAACAUGGAGAGCAUGGGUUUCGCGAGGGCCGACAUCGAUGCUGCCAUGCGCGCCGCCUUCUUCAACCCCGACCGCGCGGUCGAGUACCUCCUUACCGGUAUUCCUGACAGCGCACGUCAAGAGCAGGCACAAGCCGCACAGGCAAAUGCACCGAGUUCACCUACGCCUGCGGCCGGUGGCAACACAGGUGCUACCGCUGCACCCUCUGGCGGAGACGAGCCGAUCAACCUAUUCGAAGCUGCUCGCGGCGGUUCUGGAGGUGCUGCCCGCUCAGGUGCUACUGGUGCUGCCGCUGGAGCAGGCGGUGCCACUGCGCUCAACGCUAACAGUCUCGAGUUCUUGCGCAACAACCCUCAAUUUCAGCAGCUACGACAGGUUGUACAACAGCAGCCGCAAAUGCUUGAGCCCAUCCUCCAGCAGGUCGGCGCAGGGAACCCACAAUUGGCCCAGAUGAUUGCAGCAAACCCGGAGCAGUUCCUGCAAUUGCUUGCCGAGGACGCUGACGACGAUGCGCCCUUACCUCCUGGUACCCAAGCCAUCUCUGUGACCGAGGACGAGCGCGAGGCUAUUGAGCGCCUGUGUCGUCUCGGCUUCGAGCGCGACAUUGUCAUCCAGGCCUACUUUGCGUGCGACAAGAACGAGGCAGCUAGCUGCCAACUUCCUCUUCGACCAGCCCGACGAAGAGGAGUAGAGCGUUUUUCCCCGUGCGACGGCUGUGCGACACCACCAUCCCGUACCUGCAUACUCUUCGUCGAUUGUCACCAUGUCGAUGUCACCGUUUCAUGACGAAUUAUUGAAUGACUGGUCUUCUAUGCCAUGCACAUGAUCUGGUUGGCUUACAGCUGCUGAAGCGUGGAGGCGGACACUUGUGCUUUCUUUACGAUAUCAUGAUACCUUCCAAUUUGGGAACGCGAGAGUCGGGCUGCGAUUAGCUCGGUAUGAGCUUGCGCGUGGGCGAGUGAUACAUAGCUCAUCAAUGAAAAGAAUAUC